UGAUGAGUUUUAUUUUUCGGAGCAUAACCUUCAGGUGUCGCAAGGCAUACGUAUUGGCGUACUUAAACGUAUUGCUGUGUUUGUUAGAUUGAUCAACUGCUGAUUUCUUACAGUGAUAUUAAAUGUUUAAGUGAAUACUCUAAUAAUUUUGGAAAACUCUCUAAAGAUGGCACAAAGAUUUCCUGUGCCUAAUGCAGCCAGCAAUGGUCCACCGCCACAAAGAUAUACCACUCCAUCGGUACCACCAAAUAUGAGACAAAACUAUAGUCCUAAUUUUCCGAUGCAACAGCGAACAGGAUUUACACCACCUCCACAGAUGACCCCAGGUGGUCCACCAACUAACAUGAUGAGACCUAAUCAACCUUAUCCUAGUAUGCGAACAGGACCAAUGACAAAUGCUCCUCCUGGCAAACGAGCUGCAGAUAACAGAAUGCCUAUGUCUCAACAAAAACCGCCUUUUGUGAACAGAGAUUUUUCUCACUCUUCAUCCAAGAAAAAGAAGAAACUGGCUGAUAAAAUUCUACCUCAGAAAGUACGUGAUUUGGUGCCAGAAUCUCAAGCUUAUAUGGACUUACUUUCUUUUGAGCGAAAACUAGAUGCAACAAUUAUGCGCAAGCGCCUUGAUAUUCAAGAGGCUCUAAAGCGUCCUAUGAAGCAAAAGCGCAAACUUAGAAUAUUUAUUUCAAAUACUUUUUAUCCUGCUAAAGAAGCUACGGAAACUGAAGAGGGCUCUGUAGCUUCUUGGGAAUUGAGAGUUGAGGGUAGACUUUUGGACGACAACAAAAAUGAUCCUAACAAAGUUAAGAGGAAGUUUUCAUCAUUUUUUAAGAGUUUAGUCAUUGAGUUGGAUAAAGACUUGUACGGACCAGACAAUCAUUUAGUAGAAUGGCAUCGUACUCUUACUACUCAAGAAACAGAUGGCUUUCAAGUAAAAAGACCGGGAGAUAAAAAUGUUCGUUGCACAAUACUUUUACUUCUGGAUUAUCAGCCACUGCAGUUCAAACUUGAUCCAAGAUUAGCGCGAUUGCUAGGUGUUCAUACUCAAACCAGGCCAGUUAUUAUAUCAGCCCUAUGGCAGUACAUUAAAACUCACAAGCUUCAAGAUGGUCACGAACGUGAAUUUAUUAACUGUGACAAGUACUUGGAACAAAUCUUUGGUACUCAAAGAAUGAAGUUUGCUGAAAUCCCUCAACGAUUAAAUCCGCUCUUACACCCUCCAGAUCCGAUAGUCAUUAAUCACGUUAUAAGUGUUGAAGGCACUGAAACAAAACAAACUGCUUGUUAUGAUAUUGAUGUGGAGGUGGACGAUACGUUAAAAACGCAAAUGAACAAUUUCCUACUUUCUACAGCAAGUCAACAAGAAAUCCAGACUCUUGAUAAUAAAAUUCAUGAAACCGUAGAAACGAUCAAUCAAUUGAAAACUAAUCGGGAAUUUUUCCUCAGCUUUGCUAAAGAUCCUCAACAGUUUAUUAACAAAUGGAUCAUAUCUCAGACUAGAGAUCUGAAGACAAUGACUGACGUUGUUGGUAAUCCUGAAGAGGAACGCAGAGCCGAGUUUUAUUACCAACCAUGGGCACAAGAGGCUGUGUGCCGUUACUUUUACACCAAAGUGCAACAGAAACGAGCCGAACUGGAGCAAGCCCUUGGAAUUAGGAAUUCUUAAUAAUUGCCGUGGUCGUAAUCAGUUUUGGUCAAUUUUGAUUGUUGAACGCAAAUAUUUGCUUCUAUCAAUCUUCAACACUACUUGUACUAGUUUUGGAAUUUCUUUUUUGAAAUGUCAACUUGUAUUUGUUUUUUGACAAAUUUUUAAAAAUCUAUUACUUCAAAUAUACAUUUUUUGUUAAAUUUUCGGUUUUAAUUUCACAGCCGACGUAAAAAUGACGAAAGAAAAGUUUUGAAUCUAGAAGCUCAUAGUGGGAAAGUUAUUAUAGAAAUAAGUAAAUUGUCAAGCUUCAUUCACGCCUUUAAAAAUAUGAUCAUGAUGUUGCAUUCAAAAAAAUUGUACAGAAGAGCAGUGUAAAAACAGCUUGAUUUUAAUUUUUCUAUUCUUUAUAUGUACGUAUUGUAUUAAGUAAAAUAAAACUUCUCCAAUUGCGAAUAA